AUGUGACGCAGACCCCUCGGCCUUAGCCAACUAUGUCGUGGCAUUAGUCAAGAAAGACAAACCAGAGAAGGAGCUGAAAGCUUUCUGUGCCGAUCAGCUGGAUGUCUUUCUGCAAAAAGAAACUUCAGGUUUUGUAGAUAAACUUUUUGAAAGUCUGUACACAAAGAGUUAUCUUCCUUCUCUUGAACCCACGAAAGUAGAAGCGAAGCCUGCAGGACAGGAGAAAGAAGAAGUCAAGGAGGAGUUGUCUCUUAAACAGAAUUUUCAAGAGUCAGUUGAAGAAGAGCGGGAUGGCAGGAAAAAGAAGUAUUCCAGUCCACAGAGAAGCCGUGCAGAUUCCAGUGAACAAAGAACGAGAGAGAAAAAGAGAGAUGAUGGAAAAUGGAGAGACUAUGACAGAUACUACGACCGGAGUGACUUGUACAGAGAGAAGUCCGGCUGGCGACGUGGCAGGAGUAAAAGUCGCAGUAAAAGCAGAGGGUUGAGUCGAAGUCGUAGCCGCAGCAGGGGUAGAAGCAAAGACCGUGAUGCAAACAGAAGUGCAGAGCACCGAGAGAGAUCAAAAUUCAAGAGUGAAAGAAAUGAUGUAGAAGGCUCGUAUAACCCAGUUUCUGUGUCUCCCAGUAAAUCUGCUGAACAGUACUCCUCUGCACAGUCUAUUCCCAGUGCUGUUACUGUAAUUGCACCUGCGCACCAUCUUGAAAACACAACGGAGAGCUGGUCGAAUUUCUACAACAAUCAUAGCAAUCCCAGUUCAUUUGGCAGAAACCCUCCUCCUAAAAGAAGAUGUCGAGAUUAUGAUGAGCGAGGAUUUUGUGUACUUGGUGAUCUUUGCCAGUUUGAUCAUGGAAAUGAUCCUUUAGUAGUAGAUGAAGUUUCCUUGCCAAGUAUGAUUCCUUUUCCUCCACCACCUCCGGGACUUCCUCCUCCUCCUGGUAUGCUUCUGCCCCCUUUGCCAGGUCCAGCUCGUAGUAUAAGGUUGCCAGUUCCACAAGCUCAUCCACAGGCACCGCCUCCUGUUGUGCUUCCGGUACCAAGGCCACCUUUAACGCAGUCGAGUUUGAUAAAUAAUCGUGACCAGCCUGGGACGAGUGCUGUGCCCAGUCUUGCACCUGUCGGAGCAAGACUACCUCCUCCUUUGCCCCAGAACCUACUGUAUACAGUAUCAGAACAUACAUAUGAGCCAGAUGGCUAUAACCCUGAAGCUCCUAGUAUUACCAGUGCUGGUAGAUCUCAGUAUCGACAGUUCUUUACGAGAGCACAAACGCAGCGUCCAAAUCUAAUUGGCCUAACAUCUGGGGAGAUGGAUACAAAUCCAAGAGCUGCCAAUAUUAUCAUCCAGACUGAACCUCCCAUUCCCAUUACCAAUAACAGCAGCAAUGUAACUAGAGUUGUCCUUGAACCAGACAGCAGGAAAAGAUCUUCAAGUAGCAUGGAAUGUCCACCGUUAAAGAAACCGUGGCUGGGAAAGCAAGCAAAUAACAACCAGAAUAAGCCAGGAUUUUUGAAAAAGAGUCAGUAUACUAAUACAAAAUUAGAAGUUCGAAAAAUUCCACCAGAAUUGAAUAAUAUUACACAGCUCAACGAACAUUUCAGCAAAUUUGGAACUAUUGUAAACAUUCAGGUUGCUUUCCAGAAUGAUCCCGAAGCUGCCCUAAUUCAGUACUUGACUAACGACGAGGCUCGGAAGGCCAUUUCCAGCACAGAGGCAGUUCUGAACAAUCGGUUUAUAAGGGUGCUGUGGCACAGAGAAGGCGACCGGCAGCCCCCGUUGCUGCAGCAGCAGCAGCAGCAGGUGCCCACGCAGUCCCUUCACCACCAGCUUCACCUUCAGCAGCAGGCCCUGACCACGACUCCGGCUGUGACAAUGCACAGCAAUCUGUCAAAGGUGAUGAAUAAACCGCUGGCAUCUGGCGCCUAUGUCCUUAAUAAAGUCCCAGUGAAACGUCGCCUUGGAGCAGCAGGUGGAAACCAGCCUGACUUAAGCCAGGCUGGGGCUGUGGUGGAGGACUCCCAGACUUUUUCUACUCCUACAAGCCACUCAAAAAUGGUUUACAGUUCUUCAAAUUUAAAGACAUCUGUGAAGCCUGGUGCAGGAUCUAAACCUCAUGAUGUGCAAGAAGCUCUUAAAAAAAAACAGGAGGCAAUGAAACUCCAGCAAGACAUGAGGAAAAAGAAGCAGGAGAUGUUAGAAAAACAAAUAGAAUGCCAGAAGAUGUUGAUAUCCAAGCUGGAGAAAAAUAAGGCCAUGAAACCAGAGGAGAGAGCAGAAAUAAUGAAGACAUUAAAAGAGCUAGCAGGAAAAAUAUCUCAGUUAAAGGAUGAAUUAAAAACUUCAUCUGCAACCUCUACACCGUCAAAAUUGAAGUCCAAGACAGAGGCACAAAAGGAACUUUUAGAUGCAGAACUGGACUUUCAUAAGAGACUGUCUUCUGGAGAAGACACAACUGAAUUGCGAAAAAAGCUGAAUCAGUUACAAGUAGAGGCUGCCCGCUUAGGCAUUUUGCCUGUUGGUCGAGGAAAGACAGCGCCAGCCCAAGGGAGAGGGCGAGGACGGGGUCGUGGUGGGAGAGGAAGGGGCAUGUUGAAUCAUAUGGUGGUGGAUCAUCGUCCCAAAGCACUAACAGUCGGAGGCUUCGUUGAAGAGGAAAAAGAUGAAUUGUUACAGCACUUCUCUAAAUUUGGAGAUAUUGAAGACCUUCAAGAAGAGGAUUCCCCAUUAAGUGUUGUUCUGACUUUUAAAUCUCGCUCAGAAGCUGAGAAUGCUGCUAACCAAGGAUCCCGGUUCAAAGACCGAAGGCUACAGAUAUCCUGGUACAAACCUAAGGUACCCUCUGUGUCCACAGAAAUUGAGGAAGAGGAGUCUAAGGAAGAGGAGACUGAAACCUCAGAUUUAUUUUUGCACGAAGAUGAUGAUGAUGACGACGAAGAUGAGGAUGAGUCCCGUUCUUGGAGAAGAUGAAACUUGAUGUUGGAAAUGUAUAAUUUUAGGAAUAUAGUUCAAGCUACAUCUUUUAAACGUUUAUUUAAGGAAGUUGAUGAGCCAAAAAAAGCUUUACUUUCUUUUCAAAUUCGAAGUGAGCAAAGUUUGUUACAGAAACAUUUGGGAUGUAGAGCUGUGAUACUAAGCUAGCCAAAGGCCCCGUGAUGUUUUAUGUCAUUAUCGAGCUCACCAGGGUUGUGAUUUUUUUUCUAUUUAAGAAGGAUGAAAAAAGAGAGAGGGUGGAAAAAAUACUAGUGUUUUCUUGUCCUCUUUUUGUGUCACCUGUAUUACCUUGUUUUGGAUUUUUUAUAAUGUGAUUGAUUUGCUAGUUUAUAAUUGAAAAGAUAUUACAGGUUUUAUUUAGCAAUAUUAUGGGAUUGGGGGAAAGACACAAACUUUCAUUAAAUGUUAUGA